AUGGAAGAUAACAACAGGUAUUUCAACUAACGUUGACAACAACUUCACCACAAAACCACUACGAGUCACAACAUUUACUGAUUUCCCUUGGUAAUAAAAACAGAGAAUUAUUUACGUUACUGAAACACAAAGUUACGUUGACUUUACCAAAAGUAAUUUGAUAUUUAAUUUUUGAAACGUGUCUUACUGUAUUUUGAGUUCCUCCAUAGGCAAGAGUCGAGGUAAGUUUUUCUAGUUCUUCUGUCAAUUCUUGGCUACCUGAAAUCUGAAUGCAGAUAGACUCUUAGUUGUUCUUAGUCUACUAAAACCCAUCUACAUUUACUUCUAUCGAGUGAGAGCCCAAAAUUUCUAUAUUUACCCAUAUAUCCGGAAUCUGACCUGUUCCUAAUCCAUUAUAUUUUAAUUUUUAACAGAAAAUGAAUGUCAAUGGUUGGCGAAUACUUCUGAUUGUGGCGGUCUUACAAAAUUUCAUUAUUUUGCUUGCUACAGCUGGCCAAGGACAGACUGGUUCAUGUUUUGCAUCCUCUUUCUCAAGGGCAAUUGGCUACAUCCUUCGCGGAUUUAUGAUUGGGGAAAUUAAAGUAUCUACUGUGAUAGAGUGUAAGAGAAGAUGUGUUAUCGGUGCCAAUUGUUUAUCAUUGAAUAUAUUAACUAACGCUGACGGAAGUUUCGUGUGUCAACUGAAUAGCGAGCGCAAGGAAAGUGGUGUCAAGGAACAGUUUGUAUCACACGGAGCGGGAGAGUAUUAUGGAUUAAAGGUAUUGUCAAUCCUCUGUUAUAGACCAUCCCUCUGAUAAGCCCCUUCUCUCUGAUACACUCCUCUUUCACAUUCCCCUCUCUAAUAAUCCUUCGUCUCUAUAAUAUGCCCCUUUUCUCACAACCUUCAUAAGCUCCUCUAUCAUAUAUCAAUCCUGGUUUAAGCACGCCCCUCUUGCCUCCCUCUCAAAACCUUAUGCCUCAUAAGCUGCUCUAUCAUAUGCUUCCUCACGUAUACAUCAACUCCAUUUCUAAUAAUCCCCCUCUCUAAUAAAGCUCCCUUUCUAAUAACCCUCUCUCACAAUACCUACUCCCUAUUAAGCCCCCUCUCUAAUAGCCCUCUUCUCUAAUGAGCUCCCUUCUCUAAUGAGCCCCCUCUCUAAUAAGCCCUCUUUCUAACAAGCCCUCCUCAAUUCUCAUAAGCCCCUCUCUCAUAGCCCUCAUUAUUUAGCAUUCCUCUCCGUAAUCAGUCCCCAUUGCAACAAGCUCUCAUCUCUAUUAACCCCACUCUCUCAUAAGCCACUUUAUCGUAGACCCCUCUCUUCAACAAGCCCCAUUCUUCAUAAGCCCCCUUCUCUAAUAAGCCUCAUAUCUUUUGAGCUUGACACCUCCCUUUUCAUAACAAACACACUUUUAUGUGAGAAGUCAAUAGAAAAUUUAGUUUGACUAAAGUUUUUGUUGGAUAACUCACAUCGGGCUUACAUGUUUAGGAAAAGAAACUUUGCGAAGACAAUGGGAAAUCAUGUGACAGUGGUAAGAUAUGGAUAUGCAACUUUAAUUUUUAUUUAACAUACCACUGUAUCAGAAACAGACAUGGAAAAGUGGGAUCUCAAGAUCCUGAAGAACAUUAGCCGUAGCAAGAAGAUUGAGCAACAUUUCCAAUUUUUCACACAUAAGUCAUGGAAGAAUCUUAACCUUAAGGAAUCGUUUUAUCGUAACUUUAUUAUCUGUCAUCUGAGAUUGUAUGUAUGAAGUGUUGUUCAAUGUUCAAAAAUGACGCGUUUUCCAUUGUUUUUACGAACUUUUGAGGAAUAUAUUUGAAAAAGGCAAACUCAGCGUCCGAAGAACAUUGAACACAUUUUUCAGAUAAAAAUGGUAUUGUAAAGCUUGCAAAGCCAGAUUAGUAAUCAGAGACGCCGGAACUGGGGGAAGGCAGGUGCCCCUCUUGCCCUUUGCCACAAGGGGCAAGUUUUAUGAAAAUAUUUGUUAUAUUUCGAAGAAUUCAUUAGAUCACGUUGCUAUAUUUAAAAGUACAAAUAUCGUUGUAAAACCAUAGAAAUUACAAAGCCAGUGGAUUAAUUUGGUCAUAUACAACAUAUGUUACAUUCAGCGCAAUUUUGCUGCAUGACAAAACUGUAGGAAAUAAUGCACGAAAAGUUUUAUUCCAACCUCGUAUUUUUGCAAAGAGUUCUGAAGAAUAAAAUAAUGGUUAAGGACCAAGCUGGAUGGCGUGCUUUAUAUACUCCACGAGAGUACAGGGACGUAGCGAGGUAUAGAGGAAGGGUGUGUGUGGGGGUUGAUAUUUCCCAACUUCGAACGACUGAAUCAGUAAAAUCAGCUAAAAAUCAACGUAAGAUGUCUAAAUUUUCAGUUCCUAUUGGAAAAUAAAAUCAUUAUGUAAAACACUAACUAGAUACAAUCAAAACAAAAUUACUCGAUACAAUUACACUUGAUUUCUUUACGAACCUCCACAUACCUGAAAUUAGGCGUAAAAAAUUCUUUGGCUAAUUCUCUCAAAAAAGGCCAAAACACAAAAAUAUUCUGGGAAUUCACCCCCAGAACCCCGUUAUUAUUGCAAUGAAAACGAAUUCAUUGAGGGUAUACCAGGUAAAUUUUCAAAAAUCGAAGUUCCAAAUUCAUGUAAAAUCCUUUGACAGCCCACACCCAAACUCCAGAUGCUUCGGAAUGUUCCUGAAUGCAUAUCAAUUAAAAAGUGAUCUAGUGCGAUAAUCUCCCCCCCCCAACCUGCCCUCUCGAUUUUUCGGCGUCCCUGAAUUAGUUCGAUCAUAAAAAAGUUAGUCCAAUUUUUGGCAGUAUGUGCAGCAACUUAUUUUAAAAGCUAACUAUAUUUUGUCUUUGCAUGGUUAUCAAGGCAUUUGUUUAUUGUGCGUGCUUUCUUCUUUAUAUAGCCACCCCAUGGCAUGCGUUUAAUCAAAGUUACUUUAAACUGGUUGAUUCGCCAGUCAAUUUUCACGAUGCAAUGAAGUUCUGUCGCGCCGAAAAAGGUGACCUGGCCUCCAUUUCCAGUGAAGAAGAGCAGAGAUAUUUACAUAAAACGUUCUGGGAAAACAGUAAGAUCAAACAUUAUUUAUUACUUUAAUGGUUCGCCUGAUGUGGAAUAGGGGCGAACAGAAAAGGCGGAGGUCCAAGAAAGGGAGAGGGAGCUUCAGGGACUGUCAAUACGAAAGCCAGACUGGUCCGGUUAGCGAGACUACUCGUUGAGCGUGAUGAAUUUGGCUUGAAGAAAAUUUCAUCCUGUUUGCUGGGAUGACUUGCUUGUUUUACAGUCAAUUUCUUCUUUCAUCGCGGCAACCUGUUAGCGAAUAUUUAGAUGAAAAUAUUUUCAUUCCGCAUGGUAACCGAGAUCUAUAUCGCAAAGCAAUUUCUCAUCUGCAAGGCGAUAUAUUCCUUACCGAGAUGCCGGUUAACUAGGCCAUCGCUGCUUCCACAUAAACAACCCCUGAAAGAAAUUCUUAUUUUUGUAGCGAUUGUGUUGUAUGUACUCAGGUAAUUUUUCAUUUGAGAUGAUGUUACUCUGAGUGUAUCCACUCAUGGCAAGCUGAAAAGUUUGCUUGACUGCAGUAGGAAUCGCGAAAAACGUGAGACCUUUGGUUUGCUAGCCCAAUGCAGUAAGUGAUAUUACCCGAGAGCAUAGACCACAAUCACUACAUUCAUGAUCAUAAGACAUAUACUGACAUUGAAGAAACUAGAAUGAAUUCCGAAAUAUCACCUCGAACCGACUUGAUCUCGCAGCUGAAUUGGUAUAGAACAUUGGACUAGUAAACCAAUGCAAACUUUACAGCUUGCUCAGGGUGGACAAAAUCAGAAUCAAUCAGAGAUCUUACUUUUGCAAAACAAAUAGACUCAACAGACAAAUUUUGGCUAACGUUGUUUACAUCGUUACUCAGACCCAAACCAGGAGUCGGUUGUACGAAAGCCCGGAACAGCGAUAUCCACCGGAUAGUGUUUUUUCAAUCGCGCUGGACAAUGCUGGUCAUAUUCAGCAAAUUUUCUCCCAGUACUGCAGGCUCGCAUUUUUAGCGGACUUGCGGUGAAAAAUUGAAACUUUUGCAUUUUUCAAAUAACUGGUCAUUUUCUGUAAGAUGUCCGCUGACAAUACGAGCCCGCACGAGUGGGAGAAAUUUUGCUAAAUUUGACCAACGAUAAGGUUGUAAAAAUGCUUGAAACGCUAUUAAACUCGGGACAUAGAGCUCACAAUUAAUAAAAAUAAACAUUAGUUUAUAAGUACUAAAGUUAAAUUCGGCUUAUACCAAUCAACGAACAAUUUUAGAAAGGUUGAAAAAACGAUCACUAUCCAGUGGAUAGCGCUAUCCUGCUUAUAGAUGCCUGGUAAUAAUUGGUCCUAUUGUUCUUAUUUACUCCUGUAGAUAAUUCCAAAGCUUAGUUACUUUUGUUCUAUUCUAUGCUUCUGUAAACUAGGACAAUAGUUAACUAGGCAUGUGAGUGAUCUAAUGUUGUGAAUUGGGUAUAAACAAGGGUACAAAGAUUCCAUUAACCAACCAACGAAUGCCCGUUACUAACAUUUUUUUUUGUUUCUUAGCUGGUUUGUUCAAAUGGGUUGGUCUGAAUGACAUCGCUGAAGAUGGGGUGUAUGUUUGGACAGAUGGGUCUCCU